AUGCCUCCUCCUCUUCAUUCCGCAUCUCCCACGCCGGGGCCUUCUGGUCUCGGUCGUAAAAGAGAUCGAAUAGCCGAAGCCCUUUAUGCCUGGUGCAUCCAAAACCACGAGCCAGGCUAUGUCUUUUCUCAAGAAGAACUGCUCAACGCAGGCAUCAUCCCCGACAGAAAGCUCGAGAUCCUCCUUACUUCCACCCAACAUCUUGUCAACCGUGCCCUCUUUAAACUCCAUGACAGGCUCGGUGGUUCUAUCGGCUGGGAACUUGUUGAAGAGGAAAAGGCCAAAAACCACAUCGGACUGUCCCGCGACGAGAAGAUGGUUUACGCCUGCAUUGAGAAUUCUGGCACCGCCGGAAUCUGGAACAAGACCAUCAAGAACCGCAUUUCAGCGCAUGCACAGGUCCUCGAACGCGUCCUGAAAAGCCUAACCAACAAAGGCCUCAUCAAGUCAAUGUCAAGCGUCAAGAACCCGGGAAGGAAAAUGUGGAUUUUAGCUGGCUUGCAACCAAACGAGGAAGCCACCGGCGGCGCCUGGUUCACCAACGGCGAUCUUGACACCUCCUUGCUCCAAGCCGUCGCCACGGUUGUUGAAAAAUAUGUCUCGGAGCAAUCCUGGGAGGAAUUGGAUCCUGCCGAAUGUCCCACCGUCAACAACAAGCGCAAGGCUCCCGAUGGUGGGUUUGACGAUGAACCCGAUUCCCGAUCCAAGUCAGCUCGACUGGACAAUUCCCACCAUCACAAAGGGAAACCCACCCCUCCUCCAAAAUCCUACCGUCCCUUCCAUGCCGGCUACACUAAAUACCCGACUCUUACUGAAAUCUCCCGGCACAUUCUCCAGACUAAGAUCACUGGAACCAUUCUCCCACAAAAUGCAAUUGCUCAACUCCUGGAUGUCAUGGUCUACGAUAACAGGCUCUUUAAGGUGAGCCGUAAACCCGAUAGUGGUAAUGACGCCGACCCAGAUGAUAUUGAACAUAUCGUUAUGUACCGCUCUUUCAAGACUCCUCAAGAUCUAAACGAAGAAAACCAAUUAGUUGGCCGAGCCAGCAGCCACAAAUACGAAGUCAAGAAAGCUGCCAUGCGACAACAAGAACUGGAAGCGCUUGGUCCUGGUGGCACCAGUGAAGUUCCAUGUAUGAGCUGUCCCGUGUUUGAUAUUUGCGACGAUGGGGGCCCCAUAAAUGUCCAUACUUGCAAAUACUUUGAUCAAUGGUAUCUUGUCCUUGCCGAAGCUGAUCGAGAAGUUGGCGUUGGUGUCUACGCGCCCAAAGAUAAAGGGAAACCGAGGGACAAGGGGAAAGGGAAAGAAAACGCCACCAUCGAGGUGGAGAUCGAGGCCGACACCGAAAUGUCUUGA